AUGGGCCGCCUCCCUCUCCUCCUGCUGGUCGCGGCCGUGCUCCCCGGCGGGGCCCUCGGCCAGUCCGAGGCCAUCAACCGUUGCGGGAGCCCGGCUCCGUCCGUGUGCAACUUCGUGUGCGACUGCAGAGACUGCUCCGACGAGAACCACUGUGGCUACCACAAGGAAUCCCCGGCUCUGGGAGCCCCCUUCGCCUGCGACCUGGAGCAGAACUCCUGCGGCUGGCGGGACGUCAGCACCUCGGCCUACCGCUGGCUGCGGGACCGGGCCGGGGCGGCCGUCGUCGGGGGGCCGGCGCCCCGCUCUGACCACACCUGGGGCACCGACCUGGGCUGGUACAUGGUGGCCGGGGCUCACCGCGGGAAGGAUGCGGCGACGGCGGUCCUGCGGUCCCCGACCGUGCACGAGGCGGCCCCCACCUGCGAGAUGCGCCUCUGGUACCGAGGCUGGGGGGAAGAACGCCCGGAUCCCGGGGAGCUGCGGGUGGAGCUGACCCACGGGCGGGAGACCCUGAUCCUGUGGCAGAGCGCCGGCCCUGUCGGGGACUUCUGGAAAGAACUGGUGGUGCCUACGGGCCGGGUGCCGGGCAGUUUUUGGAUCACCAUCUCCUCUAUCCGCAAUGCCACCCACCGGGGGGCUGUGGCCCUGGACGACGUGGAGUUCUGGAACUGCGGCCUGCCCCCCCCCCAGGCCCGGUGCCCGCAGGGCCACUUCCGCUGUGCCCGGAGAGCCUGCGUGGAGCCCGACCUGGCGUGUGACGGGGAAGACGACUGCGGAGACGGGUCGGACGAGGAGAGGGAGGGGGAAGCGUCCCGCUGUGCCACCGGCAUGGUGACAGACUUCGAGGACUUCGAGUCUGGGCUGGAGCCGUGGGAGAUUGCCCAGGGCUGGGUCCUGAGCAACGGUUCCGCGGCGUCGGGCCUGUCGGCCCGGCCCCGGCGGGACCACGGCAGGAACAGCGCCACGGGCUCCUUCCUGCUCUACACGGGGUCUGACAGCCCAGCCCAGCUCAUCAGUUUCCCCCUUCAAAGCUUCAACGUCUGCACUCUGACCUUCUAUUAUUAUCUGCACGGCUCGGAGGGGGGCAGCCUCCUCCUCUUCCAACAGCCCCUGACCCCGGUCCCCCCGUCCGCCCCCAAGGCCCCGGCCCGCUUCCCGCUCCGGAGCCGGGCGGGAGACCUGGGGGUGGCCUGGGUCCGCGACGUGGUUCAGAUUCGAUCCGAUCUGCCCUUCCAGAUCAUCCUGGAAGGGAAGACGGGGCCAGGGGGAGUCGUGGGCCUGGACGACCUGAUCCUGUCCCAGGGGUGCAGAGAGUUGCCCGAGACCCUGGGGUCCCCAGAGCCUCGCUUCCCGCCGACGGAGACGCCCAGCCCGCGGACAGCGGGGACGCCCGCCCCGGUGUCUCCUGGCCCGGCCCGCUCCUUCUCUUCGGCGGAAGACCCCUGCGGUCCCGGCCAGUUCGCCUGUGACGACCGGUGCCUCCGGGAUGAGCAGCGUUGCGACUUCAUCGCUCAGUGUACCGACGGCACUGACGAAGAGGGCUGUGGCCAGACGACCUUCGAAGAGGCGGACGUGGGCUGGAGGGAUGUCAGCUCGGGCCGGCUGCAGUGGGUGAGGCAGGAGGCCGGCGACGACACCGUGCCCCGCGUCGACGCCAGCAACAGCUCCGCGGGUCACUUCCUGAGUCUGCAGAAGGCGCCGGGGAAGCUGUUGGGCCUGGCCCGGGCGCGCACCCUUCCGCUGGGCCCCUCCGGCCCGGACUGCACCCUCCACCUGGCCUACUUCCUCCAGAGCGGCCCCGGAGGGUUCCUGGCCCUCAGCGUGGCGGAGGAGGGCGCCCGGAGGCUAGCCUGGCAGGGCCGGGGCAGGAGCGGAGCCGAGUGGACCCGGGUGAAGGUGCCGCUGGGAGAACGAGACCGACCGUUCCAGGUGGAGCUCCUGGGGCAAAUAGAUCCGGAAGCCCCUGGGUCACCAGUGGCCGCCGUGGACAACGUGAAGUUCGAGAACUGUGACCCCAACCUGCCCCCGUCGGAAGCCCCAGAGCUGUCGUGUAACUUCGAGAAGGGCCCGUGCGGCUGGUACCCGGAGCGGAGGAGCGACGCGGUCUGGAGUCGGUCCAGGAUCCACGGCCCCGGCUACGACCACACCACGGGCCGAGGCUACUUCAUGUACCUGGAUCCCACGGCCCCGCCGGCCCGGGGGCCCAGGGCCCACCUGCUCACCGCCCCCCAGGUGCCCGCGACUUCCAUUCAGUGCCUCUCCUUCUGGUACCACCUGUACGGGCCGCAGAUCGGGACCCUGAGCCUACUGCUGAGACGGCCCGGCCAGCCAGACGCCCGGCUGUGGGCCAGGGCGGGCACUCACGGCAACCGCUGGCACGAGGGCUGGGCCACCCUCCACCACCCUGACCCGACCGGCCGGUUCCAGCUGGUGUUCGAGGCGGAGCGGAACGCUUUCCACGGCAACAUGGCCCUGGACGACAUCACCGUGCGGCCUGGCCCCUGCUGGGCUCCCAGGCGCUGCUCCUUCGAGGACUCGGACUGCGGGUUCUCGUCCGACGGGCCCGGGGGCUGGAAGCGCCGGGGGGACAUCGCCGGUGGUGCCGCCGUGGGCCCCGGCCCGGGCACCGACCACACCACGGAGACGGCCCAGGGGCACUACAUGGUGGUGGACACGAGCCCGGAUGCGCUGCCCCGGGGGCGAGGGGCCACCAUGACGUCCGACGAAAAUGCCCCCCUGCCCCGGCCCAGCUGCCUGAUCUUCUGGUACCGGAUGAGCCCCCUCAAGCCCGGCACGCUGAUUGCCUACGUGGAAGAGGGCAGAAAGCACCAGGUGUUCAGAGUCAGCGACAGGGGCGGGUUCACCUGGCGCCUGGGCAGCAUCGACGUCCGGGCCGACGGAGCGUGGAAGGUGGUGUUUGAAGCCGUGGGGACAGGCCGGGAACACUCGUACGUCGCUGUGGAUGACCUUCACCUGCAGGACGGCCCCUGCCCCCAGCCGGCUUCCUGUGACUUUGAGUCCAACAUGUGCGGGUGGAGCCACAGACCCUGGCCCGGCCUCGGGGGCUACAGCUGGGACUGGAGCGGUAGCGCCACUCCCUCCCGGUAUCCCCUGCCCCCGGUGGACCACACCCUGGGCACCGCGGCCGGCCACUCGGCCUUCUUCGACACCGGCGUGCUGGGCCCCGGGGGCCGGGCGGCCUGGCUGCUCAGCGAGCCCCUCCCCGCCACCGAAGUCUCCUGCCUACGGUUCUGGUACCACGUGGGCUUCCCGGAGCACUUCUACAAGGGCGAGCUGAGGGUGUUGCUGGGAAACGCUCGGGGCCAGCUCGGCGUGUGGGGUGCCGGGGCCCAGCUCAGGCACCAGUGGUUGGAGGCCGAGGUCGAGGUGGCGAGCCCCGAGGAGUUCCAGAUCGUGUUUGAGGCGACGCUGGGGGGCCAGCCGGUCACGGGGGCCAUCGCCCUGGACGACAUCACCUACCAGGCGGGCCGAAGGUGCCGGACCCCCGCCCCCGUUGAAGAGGAGACCCCGCGGGUGUCAUCGGUGGCCGUGGGGGUGGCCGGCGCCAUCCUGGCCACGGUGCUCCUGGGGCUGGUCGCGGUCGGGGGCCGGCGCUGGAUCAAGCAGAAGAAAGGGGGCCCGUUCGCGAGGAAGAGCGUGGAGGGCGUCGUGGCUCCGGGCUUCGAAAACGUCGUCUUCAACGAGGACCGUGUCACCCUGCCGUCGGUAACGGGAGACCAGUAGGCGCCGGCGCCCCCUGUUCGGCCGGCCCGCUCCCGGCCGGCUCUGGCGCGCCCCGGCUUCCGAGGAAAACCGGCGAUGGCCCUGUAGGCGUUGCAACUUCCGGGAGCGUUAGGAAACUCCCCGAGGCCUCCGAGAGGAACGCCCUCUUCCCCCGCACCGCGGCCUCGGGCCGUACAGCCCGACCUUGACGGGCCGAGAACCGUUCUUUGGGGGAAGGCUCCUCCUUUGAUUCGAAUGGAUGAUUUGUAAUCGGUGUCCCGGAAGUAAAUGUGAUCGAUUGAAUCCGUG